CAACUGCUGUGUGAGGAGGGAGGAACUCUACAUUCUUAUAAAAAGCCAGUAUAUGGGCUGGCAGUAUUUAGUCGACGGAGCAGACAGACUGGCCUUGGACCGUACUGACCCAGAAUGGCACAGAACGGAACAACAGAGAACGGAGUGGCUGAAGGGAUCACAGCUUUGCCUUUUCCUCAGCCUGUCAAAGUCCAGGAGAUCGGACAUACCAAGAUCUUUAUCAACAAUGAAUGGCACACAUCCAGCAGUGGAAAGACAUUUCCAACUUUUAACCCAGCGACAGGUGUCAAAAUCUGUGAUGUGGAAGAAGCAGACAAAGAAGAUGUGGACAGGGCGGUGGGGGCAGCCAAGGCGGCUGGGCAGAGAGGCUCUCCAUGGCGUAGAAUGGACACGUCCAGCCGUGGAAUGCUGCUGCACAAACUAGCUGACCUGAUGGAGAGGGACCGGCUCCUGCUGGCGACCCUAGAGACUCUGGACACAGGAAAGCCUUUUCUGCAGUCCUUCUUCAUUGACCUGGAUGGCAGUGUCAAAACCCUUCGUUACUAUGCAGGCUGGGCGGACAAGAUCCAUGGCAAGAGUAUGGCUGUUGAUGAAAGCUUCAUGUGUUUAACCAAACAUGAGCCUGUUGGCGUAUGUGGAGCUAUCAUUCCAUGGAACUUUCCUCUGCUGAUGUUCAUUUGGAAGAUGGCGCCGGCCUUGAGCUGUGGAAACACUGUGGUUAUCAAGCCAGCAGAGCAGACCCCCCUCACAGCCCUCCAUGUUGGAUCGCUCAUCAAAGAGGCGGGGUUUCCUCCUGGAGUUGUGAACAUCGUUCCGGGGUUCGGUCCCACAGCAGGAGCAGCCAUCGCCAGCCACAUGGACAUCAACAAAGUGGCCUUCACUGGCUCUACAGAGGUCGGCCAACUGAUCAAAGAAGCAUCAGCCAAAAGUAAUCUGAAGAGAGUGACUCUGGAGCUGGGAGGGAAGAACCCCUGCAUUGUGUUUGCUGAUUGUGACUUGCAGUUGGCUGUGGCGGAAACUCAGAAAGGAGCUUUGUAUAACCAGGGUCAGUGCUGUACUGCUGCGUCACGUGUCUUUGUGGAUGAAAGUAUUUAUGAGGAGUUUGUGCGCCGCAGCAUAGAAAACGUCAAGAAGAUUGUCAUAGGAGACCCGCUGGACCCCCAGACAUCACACGGGCCACAGAUUGACCAACAGCACUUUGACAAGAUUAUGGACCUGAUAAAGAGUGGGAAGGAGGAGGGAGCCAGGCUGGAGUAUGGAGGAGCAGCUUUGGGCGAGAAGGGCUUCUUCAUUCAACCCACCAUUUUUUCUGGAGUCAAAGACCACAUGCGCAUCGCCAAGGAAGAGAUCUUUGGUCCAGUGCAGUGUAUAUUCAGCUUUAAAAGCCCGCAGGAGGCCAUAGAGAGAGCAAACAGCUCACAAUAUGGCCUGGUGUCAGCAGUCUUCACAACAAGUAUGGACAGAGCUUUGUCUGUGUCUGCAGCCCUGGAGACUGGCACUGUCUGGAUAAACUGCUAUAACGCCCUUCAUGCCCAGACUCCCUUUGGAGGGUAUAAGAUGUCAGGCAACGGACGAGAGCUCGGGGAAUAUGCUCUGGCUGAGUACUCAGAAGUAAAAGCAGUGACCAUCAAACUGAGUGAAACUCUGUGAGAAGAGCUGGCUAAGAUGUCCAGUGCUCUGCACUGCCCAUUACAUCAUAACUUUCUCCAAUGCACAGACUCCCUUAUUUGUCUUUAGUCACACUCUUGAUGUUGAGUUAGGGUUAGGCCAAUAUGUCAUUUUGUUUAUACGGUAUAUCAGAGCACAACAAGAAUCAACGUUUACCUUUCCCAUGAUACGCUGUAGGGGACAAUAGGCUUCAAUGAUGACAGUAUACAAGACUGCCAAGGCUUUACUUACAGGUUUUAUUUUUCUAAUAAUUUUCCAAUAAUUUAUUCAGAAGUUCCCUCGGACAAAUAUAUGUGAUUUGGUACUACAGUAAUAUUGGGAAAAUAGAGACAGUACUCAGUUGGUACAUUUACACAAAUAACUGACUUAACUCAGACCACAGCAGCUCAGCUGAACAUGCACACCUGUAAAAUGUAUCUCCAGUCAAUGAUGAAUAAAGUUUCCAAUAUUAAAUGAAAAAUGAAUGAAUAUUUACUUGGGGCAGUUCUUUCAUUGGAAUUCCAAUUUUACACAUAAUCAGUACCAAGCAAAGCGAGUUCUUUCUAGGAAAAUACCAAAACUAAAAUCAUCUAAUAAUCAGUCAGGGGGAGAAUACAGCAAAGAAAAACUGCUUAUAGAAAUAUAGGAAAUAUUGGACAGGAUAGAAAAACACAAUGUAAUUCUGCUAAAUGGAACAUCACAUUCAUUAGUAAUUUUACUUGUUUUAAUUUUAAACAAAUUGUAUGUCUGACUAUUAUACACAUUUUCUACAGGCUCAGUCUGACAUUUUUUAAAGAAACUAUUCCAGUGCUGGUUCCAUGGUUUUUGAAUUGUGGAUAGUCAUCAUGAAAACAUUAAUGAGCCAUGUGACAAGGUCUGGAAAGAUUGGCACAACAGGGAGCUGUGUGACAGUGCGCUGAUCCAAGAGAAAUCACAAAUGUCAGAUUGACAGCACUCUAGCCCUAUGGAUUGGGGGAGGAGGGUGGGAACACACCAGGAAGGCAACAUAUUUUUUUUUGGGGGGGGCGGGCUGCCACCCCGUGCCCCCCUUCUAGUGUUCUGUUCUUUGUAAUGGAGUGUUCAGAUCCAUUCUUUGCAUCCGUUGUCAUGGAGUGGACCUGCUGCACCUUCUCUUUUUAUGCCUUCUCACUCAUACUUUCCUAAGUGACUUAGAUACUUAAUCUUUGAACAAAGACAGGGGUAACUAUUUCCUUUCCAUAUGCAACAAUUUAUUAUCAAGUGAACAAAAUUCUAUAUGAGAUAGUGACCGAAGGAACUUCAACUGCUGAUGAAGCCAAUGAGAUGUGGCUGAACACUCUGAGGGCUAGUGCUUCUUUUGUGUGAAAAUGAUCUUUCUACCGUCAACAAUAAACCUUAAAGAUAUGGUCCCUAAAUGUAGGGCGCAGACCCACUGCUCACCUUCCAGAAUUUAAUCAAUUUAUUCUUUUUUAAAACGUUUUAGUGUCCCAGCCUUCCAGGGCAAUCGCAGUAUUUAUGGGCCCUUGUUUACUAUACAAAUAGGAAAGAGAUGAGAGAAUGUUUGGUACUUUGUCAACUGGCUGGGACAAACCCUAACUGAGGUGUGUACAAAAAUACUGCAGUAUGAAUGAGGAUGCAUUGUUUAAUGCCUCAUCCAGCUCUUAAAGCAAUAUAGAAUUUCACAAAACAUAGUAAAUUAAGGAUGUUAGGAUUUGGCAUGAGAAUUCCAUUGAAAUCUCAUCAAAUCUUGCAUUUGACAAUGGGGGAAUGUCAGGAAUAAGAAUUUUGUUAAUAUUUUUGUAAGUAUUGAGUAGGUGCUGUAUGCAGAUAGUUUUUGUUUCUAAUUCCAAGCGCUCAGUUUAACCUGCUGUGCUCUUAUAUGAAUGUUUUCUCUUCUGAGGAGAGAAGGUUGGAUGGAACUGCGUUUCCUGUCACUCGCCAGUACCAUGUCAGUACAGUAACAGCAGCAUAUUAUCAUUGGUUGGAUAGGGUACAACGUUUUCCCCCCAACAUAUGUUAGAGUGCUUGUUCAUUAUCACACACGGCCCGGGAAACGAGUCUGUCUCUGCAUUUUUUCUCACAUUAGUUUUGUAUUUAAGAAGAAAUUCUGAAUAAAAAAAAAUAAAAAAUGCA